UGUCGUUUUCGAAGUGGAGGCUGGCUUGACUUCAGUUGCUUUCCGCGGCUGCCGGGUGGUUGUUUGUGAGUCCUGUGGUUGUGUCAGCGAGACAGAAGAGACCCGGUAUCUGAUGUGAGCUGCAGACCUGUGGAGGAUUAGGACACUGAAAGUCCAGUGUGGAGGACCGAGGAGCUGUAAGCGACAUAGGAGGGAGGCUGGCCACUCUCACAGCUCAGCUAGAGCCUCUGCUGCAUAGAUGGAGCGGCUCCACUGGGUGCAGUAUCCCUUUCGGCAGCUGCUGGCGAGAGACUCAGGGCGGGGCUGGUACUCUGCCCCAGAUGGCCUGCCAAACAAAAGCUCCCAGGAUGCCCACAGCACCCCGCAGAGAGUCAGUGGGAAACCGAGAACGGUGUUUGCCCGCCAUGGGCCCUACCAGCAGGAGUACGAAGCUGUCUUCAAAAGCUACAAGGGCAAUGCUAUCCACACUACCAAGUACAGCUUGUUGACUUUCAUCCCCAUGAACCUGUUCCAGCAGUUCCAUAGGGCUGCCAACCUCUACUUCCUGUUCCUGGCGUUACUGAACUGGGUGCCAGUUGUUGAAGCCUUUCAGAAAGAAAUUACCAUGAUUCCUUUGCUGGUGGUUCUCACUGUUAUCGCCAUCAAAGAUGCCCUGGAAGACUAUAGACGCUACUUGUUUGACAAGAAGGUCAACAACAAUGUAGUGCGAGUAUUCUGUGGCCAGCAGAAAGCUUAUGUUGACCAGCGCUGGAAGGAUGUGCGAGUCGGAGAUUUUGUCCGUCUGUCCUGUAAUGAAAUCAUCCCUGCUGACAUGCUGCUGCUAUAUUCCUCUGACCCUCGUGGGAUUUGUUACAUUGAGACUGCAAACCUGGACGGAGAGACCAACCUGAAACAGAGACAGGUGGUUUCAAACCUCCCAUUGCAGGGAGAAGAACUGACCCUUGAGAGCUUCCAUUGUCGUAUUGAGUGUGAGAACCCCAAUGAUGACCUCAGCAAGUUCAGAGGUUAUAUAGAGCAUCCUAGUGGGGUUCGAGUCGGCCUCCAUAACAGCAACCUGCUGCUGAGGAGCUGCACAGUCCGCAACACUGAUACCAUAGUGGGCAUUGUGGUCUACGCAGGUCAUGAGACGAAAGCCAUGAUGAACAACAGUGGGCCAAGAUAUAAGCGCAGCCAGCUGGAGAAGCGUCUGAACACAGACGUCCUGUGGUGUGUGCUCCUGCUCAUCAUCAUGUGUCUGACUGCUGCUAUAGGCCACAGCCUCUGGCUGAAGAACCUCAAAGACCCCAUCUUUCAAGUUGAUGGGAAGACGUCUCCCGUCCUGGCUGGAUUCUAUGUCUUCUGGACAAUGAUCAUUGUGCUGCAGGUACUGAUCCCCAUUUCUCUGUAUGUGUCCAUUGAGAUUGUGAAACUGGGCCAGAUCUACUUCAUCCACAAUGACUUAGCCCUGUACAACAAACAGCUGGAUUCUAGGAUCCAGUGCCGGGCUCUCAACAUCACUGAGGACCUGGGUCAGAUCCAGUACCUUUUCUCUGAUAAGACAGGAACUCUGACAGAGAACAAGAUGGUGUUCCGCCGCUGCAGUAUCUAUGGUGUUGAAUAUUCUCAUGAGGAAAAUGCUCGGAGGCUGGAAGUGUAUGAGGCGGAGAAGAACGAGGCAGCUGGUCGCUCUAUGACUCUGAAGUCGGGCUGCAGUGGUAAAUCUCUGAGCUGUCGGUCCCUCAGCUGCAACCGCAGCAAUGAGUCUCUGCACACACUCACUGCUGAGUCAGCGGAAGAGCAACUGUCCAAUCACAUCCAGCCCAGAACCCGUGCCUUCUGCAGCCGUGUGGCAAAGGAGGUGGUACCAGACCCUGAGCUAGUGAGGAAGUUGAAUUGGCUCUGCUCUCCUGUGCUGCCUCUGAGUGACGGCUGCUCUGGGUCUCCAUCCAGCCUGGAGCUGACCUACAUCACUGAUUUCUUCCUGGCUCUGGCCAUCUGUAACAGUGUGGUGGUCUCGUCACCCAGCCAGCCUCAACAUGUGGUGAGUAGAUGACAUGUUACUUCAAAGACAGACUCCAAAACGAUAUAUUCACUUGUCCUCAAUCUGCCUGUUCAUUUGUUCACAUAGGUCCAAUCCAUAUAGCACAAUUUAAAAAAAAACAACAAGGUUACCAAAGUGCUUUACGGAGAUAAAAUAAAAUAUGUUCAUGAUGAUA